GCAAUCUUGUUUGCAAGAGAAUCAACAAUCUUUGCUUACGGUUCACGCUUUAAAAACACACCUCUCACUACGUAAUUCUCUACACAUAAUUUUUUUUCUUCUAAUAUCCCUCAUUUUCUCUCUAAACGCUAUUUUCCAUUAAACCAAACAUUCUGCAACCCGAUGGCAACGAGAAGGAUAUUGAAAGAACUUAAGGAGUUGCAAAGAGACCCUCCUGUAUCAUGCAGUGCAGGUCCAACGGGAGAAGAUAUGUUCCACUGGCAAGCUACCAUAAUGGGUCCGAACGAAAGUCCGUACUCGGGCGGUGUUUUCCUUGUCAAUAUCCAUUUCCCUCCGGAUUAUCCUUUCAAACCUCCCAAGGUUGUCUUCAGAACCAAAGUGUUUCACCCAAACAUCAACAGUAAUGGAAACAUAUGUUUGGACAUUCUCAAAGACCAAUGGAGCCCUGCCCUUACCAUCUCUAAGGUGCUUCUCUCGGUAUGCUCUCUUCUUACAGACCCAAACCCUGACGAUCCUCUGGUGCCAGAGAUAGCUCACAUAUACAAAACUGACAAGACCAGAUAUGAAGCCAUGGCACGAAGCUGGACCCAAAAGUAUGCCUUGUUUUAAUACACACAACUCCUCUUGUUUCCGUCGUCCUUUGGUUUGGUCUUGUUUUGUAAUAAUAAUAAAAGAAGUGGAGUAUUAAUUAUUGGUGAUUUCUGUUUCUUGUUUGUUUAACGAGACACAGGCCUAGAUUUAUUAAUCUAUAGGAAUUCAAGCUGGUGGUUUAGGCUUGGCUUCUCGGUAGUUUGAUCAAAUCUCAUUCUUUGUUUUAAGUUUUAACUACUUCUUGUUAGAAUUAUCUCA